CUCAAGUCUUUUUUGAUGCGAACCAAGACGAAAACAAACACAUAAUUGAUUGAGCAAGAAGAUGAUGAUGAAUAUGAAGACCGUUCUUGUAAUCAUAAACUGUAUAUUCCUGGCCAUUGGAAACUGUGGAGGCCCUCUAAUGAUGCGUCUCUACUUCCAGAACGGUGGGGAAAGGAUAUGGUUCUCAAGCUUCCUCCAAACCGUUGGUUGUCCUCUCAUCCUCUUCCCUCUUCUCUUCUCUUUCCUCCGCCGUCGUCGCCGCCUUGAAGAACAAGAAAAUACUUCAUUUUUCCUCAUGAAACUUCCUCUCUUCAUGGCCUCUAUCGUCGCUGGUCUGCUCAUGGGCUUUGACAAUUACCUAUACUCUUACGGAUUAGCUUAUAUCCCUGUUUCCACUGCGUCUUUGAUUAUCUCUGCGCAAUUAGGCUUCACUGCUCUCUUUGCUUUUUUUAUGGUGAAGCAAAAGUUCACACCUUUCACUAUAAACGCCGUUGUUUUGCUCACUGUUGGUGCCGUUGUCCUUGCCCUUAACUCUGAUAGUGACAAGCUUGCUAACGAGACUCACAAGGAAUAUGUUGUUGGGUUCAUCAUGACCGUUGGUGCAGCUCUUCUCUACGCGUUUAUAUUGCCUCUGGUGGAGCUCUCUUAUAAGAAAUCUCGUCAACGAAUCACCUACACGCUUGCCCUCGAGUUCCAAAUGGUCUUGUGCUUUGUUGCCACUUGCUUCUGCCUUGUGGGAAUGCUAGUUGCAGGCGAUUUCAAGGUGAUAGCAAAAGAAGCAAGAGAUUUUAAGCUUGGAGAGUCUUUGUACUAUGUGGUGGUUGUGUUCACGGCCAUAAUCUGGCAAGCAUUUUUUGUGGGAGCUAUUGGGUUGAUCUUCUGUGCAUCGUCUCUGGUCUCUGGAAUUAUGAUCAGUGCUCUGCUUCCCGUGACGGUGAUCUUGGCCGUCAUUUGUUUCCAGGAGAAGUUUCAGGCGGGGAAAGGUGUCGCUUUGUCUCUCUCCCUCUGGGGAUCCGUCUCUUACUUCUAUGGACAGAUGAAAUACGAGGAGAAGACUAAGGCUCAGGAGACACAACUGUCUCAGCUUCCAGUUACUGAUUCUGAAACUUAAAAGCACAACAUGUUACAGUUUGGUUUUAUUAAUGAUGUCUGUAACAUCAACUGUCAAUUUCUGAAAUACUUCAAAUCUAUGAGUUGUGAGUUGCUGAUUGAAUCAAAGAUGAAAUGUAUA